GUCACUGUCCCCGCCGUGCCCCGGCGCGGCCCGCCCCCGCCCCUUUCCCCCCCGCCCCCGGGGGGGUGGGCUCCGCUCCGGAAUCCUGGCCGCUCCCUCCGCGCCGCCCGCCCAGCCGGGGCUGCGCCCGCCGCCGCCGGGCAGCGCGGGGGGUCCCCGGCGGCCGCCCGGCCUCCGCCGUCACACAGGGAAUAAAAUAAUGCUAAUGAAGCAACCCUUUCCUUGAAGUUCGAGUUUUCAGACUCACUGCCAUAAUGGAUGAGCAGCAAGCUCUGAAUUCAAUCAUGCAGGAUUUGGCUGUGCUUCAUAAGGCCAGUCGUCCUGUAUUGCCCCAGCAAGAAACAGGAAAACCAAAGUCAUCUUCACCUAAAAAACAGAAUGAUGUUAGAGUCAAAUUUGAACAUCGAGGUGAAAAAAGGAUCCUGCAAUUACCAAGGCCUGUUAAACUUGAAGAUCUUGCAGCUAAAGCUAAAGUUGCUUUUGGACAGACUAUGGAUUUACAUUACAGCAAUAAUGAGCUUGUAAUUCCAUUAACCACGCAGGAUGACCUGGACAAAGCUGUUGAACUGCUUGACCGUAGUGUACAUAUGAAGAGUCUCAAGAUAUUGCUUGUAAUACAUGGAAAUACACAGUCACCCAGUGUAAAUAAUAUGGAACCCUUGCCCUCACUGGAAGAUUUAGAUAAUACAGUGUUCGGUGUGACAGACAGGAAAAGACGACUGUCUGUAAUAGGUUCUAAUACUCGUGAUAGGAGUUCACCUCCCCCAGGAUACAUUCCAGAUGAGCUGCAUCAGGUGGCUCGAAAUGGGUCCUUCACCAGUAUCAACAGUGAGGGUGAAUUCAUUCCAGAAAGUAUGGAUCAGAUGCUGGAUCCAUUGUCUUUAAGCAGUCCUGAAAACUCUGGCUCGGGAAGCUGUCCCUCACUUGACAGCCCGUUAGAUGGGGACAACUAUCCCAAAUCUCGGAUGCCAAGAGCGCAGAGCUAUCCAGAUAAUCAUCAGGAAUUCUCAGUAGAGUAUGAUAUCCCAAUAUUCGAGAAAUUUGGAAAGGGGGGGACUUAUCCCCGAAGAUACCAUAUUUCAUAUCAUCAACAAGACUACAAUGAUGGUCGUAAAACUUUUCCAAGAGCCAGAAGGACUCAGGGGAACAGCUUCCGAUCACCAGUUAGUUUCAGUCCCACUGAUCACUCGCUGAGCACGAGUAGUGGAAGCAGCGUCUUUACACCGGAAUACGAAGAUAACCGAAUGAGGAGGAGGGGAAGCGACAUAGACAAUCCUACCUUGACAGUCAUGGACAUCAGCCCACCCAGUCGCUCACCACGAGCUCCAACUAACUGGAGACUUGGUAAACUGCUGGGUCAAGGUGCAUUUGGCAGAGUCUAUCUGUGUUACGAUGCUGAUACUGGAAGAGAACUGGCUGUUAAACAAGUUCAGUUUGAUCCUGAUAGUCCAGAAACCAGCAAGGAAGUAAAUGCACUUGAAUGUGAGAUUCAGUUGCUGAAAAAUCUGCUGCAUGAAAGGAUUGUUCAGUAUUACGGCUUCUUGAGAGAUCCGCCAGAAAGGACACUCUCAAUAUUCAUGGAGUACAUGCCUGGGGGUUCCAUCAAAGACCAAUUGAAAUCAUAUGGAGCACUCACAGAGAAUGUGACUCGUAAAUAUACGCGGCAGAUUUUGGAAGGAGUUCACUAUUUGCACAGUAAUAUGAUUGUCCAUCGAGAUAUUAAAGGAGCAAAUAUUCUGCGGGAUUCAGCAGGCAAUGUGAAGCUUGGUGACUUUGGUGCCAGCAAACGACUGCAGACUAUCUGUCUCUCUGGUACAGGAAUGAAGUCUGUCACAGGAACUCCCUACUGGAUGAGUCCCGAAGUUAUUAGUGGAGAAGGAUACGGCAGAAAAGCAGACAUCUGGAGCGUAGGUUGCACAGUGGUAGAAAUGCUCACGGAGAAGCCCCCGUGGGCAGAGUUCGAAGCCAUGGCUGCCAUCUUUAAAAUUGCCACUCAGCCAACCAACCCCCAGCUGCCACCUCAUGUCUCCGACCAUGCUCGGGAUUUCUUGAAACGGAUUUUUAUUGAGGCCAAGCUGCGACCGUUUGCAGAUGAACUGCUAAGACACACGUUUGCACACUAUCACUAACACCUGCCUCAACUCAGCUUGCAUCUACUGCAUUUAUUUUCUAUUUGACUGCACUUUUAUUUUUAUUUUUUACAAAGAAAAAGGAGAAAAAAGACAAGAGAGAGAAUAUUCUCUUGAAUCUUUGUUUCACUUAGAUUGUAAACAAUCUAAAUUUUGUAUCUAAAAUGAGAAUCUUCUCUCCUCUCCCACCCCACCAGGACUAGAACUUUUUGUUUCUAUAAUGUACUGAUGUGGUUGAUGUAGAUAAAGCACUUUAGUACAUAUUUGUUCCUUAUUUAAAGGGGAAAAAAAAUGACAAAUGCUUGGACAGUCAGGAACUGUGUGACUUUUUCUGACACCACUGACUGACUCAGGGUGCAGGGAAAAAUAGACAUGCAGCUAAAGGACAAGAAGAUUACUUCUCUGUGAUUCUUCUCUAUAUUGUAGGUACUUGCAGCAGAGAGUUCUAAGUUCUUAUUAUAUUUUAGCAUUUUAAUCAGUUUCUGGAAUUUACAGUUUAAGCUGGAAUGUGCAGUUCUGAGAGUUAAAUGACGAGACUGGAAGAACUUGGAACUCUUUGUACAGCAGUGUGUCUAACUGGUACUUCUAUGUGACCAAAAGAAAAUAACAAAAUGAGCUCAAAACUAGUUAGAGGUUUUGGUGUAGAAUUAUUGUAUUAUCUUAAUAGGAAAAUAAUUACAGGUAAACAGAUUAUAGGCCCAAACACCUAGGUACUACCAUACUGCAAGAGGAAAAUUUCCAUACUAGACAAGGGUCAGCUAUUGGAUGUAAAUAGUUAGGAGAAUGCCUCCUGCUCUAUCUGCCAAAGAGAACCUCUGUUGCAUAAGCUUAGAGGGAGAUGGUUAUCUUAGCUGAUAAAAAAUAGUGAUGUUGAGAGUCAGUUCUCCUCCACAAUCCCUUGAAUGGCUGGAGGGGAAAGGGAGGGACUAAUCCUUGUGCAGUAUAUGAGUUACUUGAUUCAGAAUGAGCUACAAGAAAUGUUUUCAAAGCUGUUAAGAGGCGCUAGGAUGGAAUGUAUGUGAACAUCAAGUGCCUGAAUAAUAAAAAAUUCUUCCAUUGUGCACUAAAAAAAAUUGGUUUAGUAACGCAGGUCAGUCAUCUAGAUGUGUUGAAAAUUCCUGAAAGUUAAACAUCUUUGAACAUCAGGAAUAAGUCACUGAGAAAGGUAAGACUCCAGUUAUAUUUUUAAUAAGGUAACACUGAUGAAUCCUCAUGAACAGGAAGGCACAGCACAGAGAACUGUAUGAAGAAUAGGCCAAAAGUGCAAAGAGAGCCAGCAGUUAAAUAACAUAAGUGUGAUUACUCCAGCCUGAGAAUCCAGAUGAUUGGUGUUUGUCAGAUUUUCAACUGUCAUAAAGCGUACGUUAAUCACUUUUCCUAAUUCUGAAAGAGCAUAAUAAAAGAACAGAAGUAUAACUCUGAAAUAAUGCUUCUCAGUUGAGAAACCCAGGUACCGAUCAGGUUUAGUGAAUAACUGACUUUUCACAACAGAAAAGUCAGACUCUCAUAUUUUUGUAGAAGAACAGAACAUAAUUUAAAGGGGCAUUUGGAAAUAAACUAUUGGACUACAGAACUGAAAUUAUGUUUAUUGUUUUGGAUGAUUCAUUGCUUGCUUUUGUUGUUUUGUAAAGGCAAAGUGGGCUGGUACUAUAACCCUUGUCCACUCUGACAGGGCUCUACCUGUUCUGUAUCUUUAGAGGACUAUCAGAGUGACGAAGUGCAUGGAAAUAGAACAAUAAGCUUACCCAUUCCCACAGUCAUUUAUGAGAUUUCUGAAUUUUUUCUGCUAAAUUCCAAAUGUUGUACCAGAGCAUAAGCAGGAGUAUGGAUCUAUCCCAAUCACUUUACCUGUAGUGGAGUAAGAAUGACUUUUUUGAGGCCAUCUCUCCCGAGACAGAGUGGUGACUUCUUCAGCUUAUGUGAGUAUUUUACCCAAUUUAUAAUUUUUUCGGUCAGCGUACACAACUGUGCAAAGUUUCCUGAGCAUGGGAAGAACUAGUCAGAUCAGGAAAAGUGUAGGAGGCUGAAAGGAAAGUCAGCUUGUACUGACUUCUUUUUUUGUUUCUCAGUCACAAG